AUGCUACGAAGCACACGACCUUUCUUAACAAGCUCUUCUAGGGCAUUCCUCUCGCAAAAAUCACCAAUCUCCUCGCUACCUAAACCAUAUUUACAAAAAAUACACACAGAUUCUACAUUUAAAUCGUUAUGUUCCAGACCGUUUAUCUCCCAAUGUCUACCAUCUAUACAUAAAGCUCGGUAUUCCACUAAGACGCCGAGUGGCAUCCAACAUGGGAGAGAUCCAGAGGAAGAGAAGAGGAUCGGCCAACAGAAGCUUGAGGCCCAUCCAGAAGUAGUUUCCACAGGAUCCAGUGUUCGCCAUUUGUACGAACCCGACAGUCAAAAGGGAGAAAAGCCUAUUAAGCAUGGUAUCAGGGAUGAUCUGGAAACCGUCAAAGACACCUUUGCCCUCUCUAGUGUUCCGAAGGAGCCCUACGUUUUAGGCCUCGCCGGCACUUUACCGUACCUUGCUACAUCGCUAUCCACCGUUUACCUAUCGUGGGAUCUAAACACAGAGUGGCCGAGUUCAUCCAGCUUUGUGAACAAUAUAUUGAUCAGUCAUGACACUGCUCGACAAUUACUGGGCGUCAUCGAACCUAUACAACUAGGCUACGGCGCCAUUAUAAUCAGUUUUCUUGGUGCGGUUCAUUGGGGUAUGGAAUAUGCCGAGAAAAUACCUAACCGAGAGCGCAUGCGGUUCCGAUACGGACUUGGUGUCCUAGCGCCAAUAGUAGCCUGGCCAACCUUGCUUAUGCCCAUGGAUUUCGCACUGACCUCACAAUUCGCGGCGUUCGUCAUGUUGUACUUCGCCGAUUCCCGCGCUGCCACCCGAGCCUGGGCGCCAUCUUGGUACGGAAUUUAUCGAUUUGUCCUAACGGCUAUCGUAGGAGCUGCUAUCGUUAUUACUCUCAUUGGACGAAUGAAGGUUGGCGAUGCGAAGCCAAGACUCAGUGGCCUAAACGAGAAGGUUCACGACCACCGUCGCGAAGAGAGCUACUCUAAGAAAUGGGAGGAGCUUGAGGAACAGGAAAGGGAACAGAUACAGAAAGAAAAGGAGGAGGCCGAGAAGAAGAAGAAGGAAGAGGAAAAGAAGGCUAAAGAGGAAGCGAAGAAGAAGAGUAGCGAGAAGGAUAAGAAUGAUGAAAAUGAUAAGAGUGGUAAGGAAGAUAAGAGUGGUGAGAAGGACAAGGGUGACGAUAAAGAUGACAGCAAGGAGAAAGACAAGAACAGCGAACAGGAUAAAAAUGAGGAUAAGGAUCAGGAUCAGGAUAGUGAAAAGGAAAAGGAAAAGGAAAAAGGGAAGGGAGAAGGGGAUGAAGGGGAUGAAGGCAAAGACUCCCAAGAAGGGAAGCAGAAGGAUGAGGGGAAGGAUGAUGAGAAAUGA